AUGAGGAUGCUCACUGUGUCUCUACUGGUUUGUGCCAUGAUGGUUCUGACUAGAGCUAAUGAUGACGAACUCCGCAACGUCUCAAAGCCGACAGGACAGGCUGUAACUCCCUCUCUAGCCUUUCAGGACCAGAGAAGAGCUGUAAUAUGUCCCAGCAGGUGGACUCAAUACGGUGGACGCUGUUUCUAUCAUGAGACAACAGAGAAGAGUUGGGCUCAGGCUGAGCAUAUGUACAUUCAGGGCAUGUCCCCUGAAAUACUCUGGAUCGGAGGCUCUGAUUGCGAAGACGGAGGUGCUUGGUUCUGGACUGAUGGUAAACCUAUGAAUUAUGGUUCGUGGUGUCUUAAGAAACCUGAUAAUAGUCAGGGAGAUUGCUGUUUGCAGAUGAAUACUGGAGGGAAAUCACAGCACAUUAGAGGAUACCAUUAA